AUGGUGGUCCAUUUUAGCCGCACACUAUCCUGCUCCAACGCUUUGGUCCAAUGGAGUCCCAACGGACAAUUCAUGGCCCACGUGACUCAAACUCGUUUAACCAUUCGUCACGCCGACUCCUUGGCCGUGAUGGCGAACCAAGUGGUCGACGACGAUAUCGGGUCAUUGUGUUGGGCCCCCGACUCUGAGUUCUUGGCGGUGGGUGUGCCCUCCUUGGGUCUGGUCCACGUGUUUUCCCCCUUCAACUCGGAUUGGACCGCCAAGAUCACGCAAGGGGCCAUGGGCCUGAGUGGUAUCCUUUUCAGCGCUGACAGUCGACACGUGCUGGUUUGGGCUCCAUUUUUUGUCAGUCUGACCAUUUGGUCCCUCACCUCUCGGAAGGUCAAGUUCAUUGAGCAUCCCAAGCGCUUCGCCUCCGGUCCCGAUGGCGCGUUGAUGGCGGUGGUAGAGAAGGCGCAGUCCGGCGAAAGCUUGGCGUGGUACCGAUGUUCGGAUUGGCAUUUGGUCAAGCGAGUGGCUCCCGCCAUAGGUGAUAUUGAAGACCUCACCUGGAGCCCUAAAAGUGAUUCACUGGUGGUGUGGAGUGGCUCCCUUCACUAUGCUCUUCAGGUGUUCUCGGACCGAGGUGUGUCUCAAUUUUUAUUUCAGAAAAAUACGCUCGAAUUGGGCAUUCAAAUUGCUCAAUUUUCGCCUUGUGGGCAACUUCUACACAUGGGCACGUGUGAUGGCCGAAUUCGAGUGUUCAAUACCCUAAAUUGGACCCUGGUGGACGAUCUGGAGUUGGGUCCCGAAAUCAAUGGUUCUCACACUGAAUGUGUCGUAUAUGAGGAGAGCGACCGUCCCGUACGCAGUGUCGAUGGCCAAGUCAUCCAAGAUCUGCUCAAUUUAAAAGAGACGCAAGUGGUCGUGGUGAAAUCACGACCCGUCAUGCUGUCAGAAAUACCAGUCGAUGUGCGAAAGCCCAACCCGCGAAUCGGGAUCCAGGCAAUGGCCCAGAGCGACGAUGGCUUCUUUUUGGCCGUUCGGAAAAAGUCAUGUCCAUGUGUUGUGUUCAUCUGGAACUUGGAAGAGCUUCAGCUGCGAAGUGUAUUCGUGUGUCAAAGUCCGUGCAAAUGA